AUGUCACACGAUGCAAGUGGAAGAUACAACGUGGAACCGGAAGCACGUGUUCCCAUCUUGCAACCGGAUGAGAAGCUGUUGAAAAGACUGAAUAUUUUAUCCGAUUACUUUGAAUCAACGUACAAUCUGAAACCUUCGUUCUUCGUCAGAGUUCCGGGAAGAAUUAAUCUAAUUGGCGAGCACAUCGACUAUUGCGGGUACGCUGUUUGCCCUAUGGCCAUUGAACAAGAUAUACUUGUUGCUGUACUGCCCUCCAAGGACACUCCAGGCCUUCAUCUCACCAACGUCGAACCGAAAUAUCAGAGUUUCGAGUGUAGUUUGGCAAAUGUUAGUGUUUGCGUGGAGAUCACCGGUGGUGGUCCAGACUGGUACAAAUAUUUUCUCUGCGGCGUGAAAGGAGCUCUCGAAGUGAUCCCUAAGGAAUGCGUCCCUCCGGGAAUCUUUGCUGCAGUUUGGGGUAACAUUCCUUCUAAUUCAGGGCUCUCGAGUUCUAGCGCGCUGGUCUCCGCCGCUGUUCUUUCCACCGUGCAUUGCAGUCAGUAUCAAUUGUCGAAGCAUAAGCUGGCCACCAUCAGCGCCAACGCUGAGAGAUACAUUGGCACCCAGGGUGGCGGAAUGGAUCAGGCAAUCGCGUUCCUCGGUAAAGCAGGUUCUGCAAUGCUAAUCGAGUUCAACCCCUUGUGUGGUACCGACGUCACGUUACCGGAAACCGCAGUGUUCGUAAUAGCGCACAGCCAGGCUUGUCACAACAAAGCCUCCACGAGAGAUUAUAAUUUAAGGGUUGUGGAAUGUCGAUUAGCAGCACAGAUGAUAGCAAAGAAAAGAAACAAGUCUUGGGAACACGUAAAGAGAUUAAUAGACGUCCAGGAAAGUCUCGGUAUGAGUCUAGGCGAAAUGGUCUCUGUUGUAACAACCGACCUUCACGAGGAACCAUACACUCUGAGCGAGAUUAUUAAAAGCCUUGACACAACGAACCAAAGACUCCGAGAAAUAUCGUUGCUACAAUCCUUUAGCGACACGCAAACUUUCAAGCUGAGGCAACGUGCCUUCCAUGUGUACAACGAGGCAGCCAGGGUGAUAGAGUUUCAGCGUACCAGCGAGAAUAGCUCGAUUACGGAGGAUGAGAAGCUACGACAGCUAGGCAACCUGAUGUCCAACAGCCACGCCAGCCUGCAGCAACUGUACGAGUGCAGCCAUCCUAGAGUUGACUUGCUCGUCGACCAAGCUAUGGCCUGUGGAGCACUCGGAGCAAGACUCACGGGAGCCGGGUGGGGCGGUUGUAUAGUGGCCAUCGUAGCUAAAGACAAAGUUUCUCAAUUUGUGGAUGCGCUGAAAAAGGAGCUCAGUCGAUGUGGAAUAAAAGAUGGAUUCAAGUUCGAUGAUCUGGUGUUUCUCACGGAACCAAAGCAGGGUGCUGCAAUUUAUACGAUCUAAUUUUCAUUCUUCACCUGUUUCCCCUGACCUGCCUUCUUUCACUCUUUGUAAGUCGACUGAUAUCAAACGAAUUAAUCAAACGAAUUAACCAAAUGAAUUCCAAUUAUCCAUACGUAAUUAGAUAUAUCUAUACUAUUAUAU